GGUUUAGAGCAUGGCGACCAGCAAGACCCAGGUUUUUCUGACGAAACAGAUGGACUUACAAAAAUUACUGUGCGAGGAGAAAGUAUCGAGCUGCAUACCUGUGCAGAGGCCGAUGGUAGUAGUGAGGAAGCUAUCAAGAAGUCAGCCAAUACUUAUGCUGCUAAGAAGACAAUUGCUCAAGAUGAUGGACAUAGCACUGAUCACAGCAAAUGCCAACCAACUUCGCUACGUCUUGGAGUACACUAGACACACUUCAACGUUUUACGCCUUAGUCUUCCUGAUUACGAUCUCUUUGGUACUGCAAGUGGCCAUAGGAUGCGCUCUUAUCUUCAAGGGAAGAUUAGACAUCAAGGGAGAAUCCAAGUGCAAACGAGCGCAAACCAUUAACAACUGUGUAGUCUCUUCCGUUUUUUUGGUCACUAUUAUUAACGUAUUCAUAGCUAGUUUCACUAUAACUGGAAAUAAUAUGCAAAAGAAGUAAUAUAUUGAAUAAGCAG